AUGGAAACUGAUGCGCAGAAUGUGGUGUCUGGGGAGUUGCAGCAGGUUCUGCUCUCUACCGACUUAUCAUUCCUGAAGUCGGUUCACAUGGACGAGGGCCAAGGUGCAUCGUUUUCGGGUGAACAUGAGGAAGAGCUUGAUUUAGACGAACACACCUUUAAUAGGUGGACCCCCUUAUUGAGGACAGCCAUUGAGACAGACUCGCUUCCUCUUGUGGUAGAUGACCUUUUCAGUUCCGUGGAAGAAAAUUUCGAGAAUCUUGAAGCCCAAAUUUUACAAGAUUCGCAACUUAGUGACAAUCUGGCCGCAUCCGUCAGCCAAAUUGCGUCUAUCAAAGACAUCAUUGAAGGCUCGCUACUUCAUGAAACGGAAGACCUACAAGUACAGCUGGCUCACGCUACCAAUGACGUUAUUUCCAGGAAACAGAACUAUCUCAGUAAUAAAAAAACCUCCACCAAAAUAUCCGAGUCCAUCAUACUAAUAACGAAAGUUUUGCAAAUUCUUGAACUUUCCAAUAAGUGCCAAGAUUUGAUAAAAGACUCGAACUUCUAUAAGGCUUUACAAAGCUUAGGGGCCCUUGAGAAGAUCUAUGUGCAAGACUUCAAAAACUACAAUUUUGAAUUUCUAAAAAAAAUAUACGCUUCAAUCCCUAUCUUGAAGUCCAAAAUCAAAGAUGAGAGCAUCAAUUUGGUGAAGAGCUCGUUCAAUUCCAACCUCGAGAAGAAGUUACUGACAGUGGGCAAAACCUUCUUCGAAUUUUACAAUAAUUUAUUACUUCCGGACUGGUUGGAAUCUAAAAAUGAGCUGAAGCUGAGCAGUUUUAAGUUUAAUUCUCCAGUUGAAAUCUCUUUAAGAGAUUCAGAAAAGCUUGAGUCCCUCAACGUUGAGAAGCUCUACCCCUUGAACGAGUUUUAUGACUCAAUUCUCAUUUUUCAAAAUCUCAAGGAGACUGAUUAUUUACGCAAAGAGUUCAAAAAGGAAUACGACUUCAGAAUAUCAAAAGUUGUUUACCCCUUGGAGAUCAAAAUUAGCGGCUCGGCCAGCCUUUCGGACCUCAAGAAGAAAACCACAACGUUGUUUGGAGAUGACUUCUCGUUGGAGGAAUUGAAAGAAUACAUGCUUAGAAUUUUGGGUUUUGUCAUUUACGACAGACAUCUGAAUAGGUCAACCGAAUAUGUGUUGUCUCAAAAUGACUUAAGCGCCAAUGAAGAUUUUUGGGAGGUGUUUAUAGGCAGGUUCUCACCUUUUUUGGAACAUUUUGUUAGCAAAAUCUGCACUUCCGAAGAAAUGCUAACAGAGCUUAAGGACUUUUUGGGGAUCUACAUAUCCAUUCUAGAGAAUGUGGGCGCUAAUAUCGAACGGAUUUAUGAAAUUAAUGUUCUUGUUUUCAAGAAGUACGCUGCGUUACUUGUUGAGCUUUUCAAUAAGGAAUUCUCAACUCUUUUGGAUGAUGAUGAUUUUAUGCCUUUAACUAUAAACGACGAGUCCCUCUAUGAGAAGGUGCUGAAGAUAUGCUGGCUGAGAACUGAUGAACUGGAAGCGCUGCACUCUCGAGAAAAAACGCCCGAUGAAUCUUUUUUUGCAACUUUACCAUUUUCCCCACUGUAUCCAAUGACCUGCACCUUGGUCAAGAAAACCUAUAACAAAGUUGUGGCAUGCCUGAGUGAAUUUUAUCAAUAUGAUCUGGGCGAGCUAAACAACAUCAUAGUCAAGACUGUCGAUGACAUAUUUGGGAAGAUUGUCGAUGCCAAGAUAGCUUCAAAGCUAGAUACAACAUCAAGAGAAGAAAUUGCGCAAAUUUUGAUCAAUCUUGAUUAUUUCAUUGUGGCAGUGGGCGAGUUCAGCAAAAUUCUAGCCAGAGAAAAUAUAACACACAGCACUGAUGUUGAACUUGGCUUGCAGUCUGCCAAGCUCUUGUCAAAAACCAGAGGCCUUACUGAGACGAAAUUGAUCGAGCUUAUCGACUCCAAGGUUUCGGACUUGAUGGAGUUUGUGGAAUUUGAGUGGUCUUCAACCGAGGUUUUAAAAGAACCAGAUUAUUCGAUAAAAGAUAUUUCCCAGUUUUUAGAGAUGAUGUUCACCUCCACACUUGUCAACCUUCCCGACAGCGUAAAAACACUGCUAAUUUUUCGUGAGUUUGACGCCUUGACUCGGAGGUUUCUUGAUGUUCUUUUAAACUCUAGUCCUCCUUCCAUAAGUCCUCAAAGCGUGCUGAACUUUGAACUGAACAUGAACUUCUUGGAAUCAAUAAUUUCAAAGUUAUUUCCUAAUGAUGAAAGCAUUCCCUCUACACCGACGUCCCCCGACACUGCAUCCAUACAACCUUUAGAUAACACACGCUCCUCGAACUUGAUAGACAACACGAUCAGGUCGCUCCACUCAACUUUUUCUGACCUUAAACAGCAUAUACAAUUUUUGAAGUGUCCUGAUAUGGAAGAGUACAAGGACUCCGGCAUUAGAAUGAGAAAAUACCCGCGCAUCAAACCAGAAGUUGCACAAAUGCUUCACAACAAAAUGGUCCCUCCCUCUUCGGCUGGCACUGACAGCGAUAACUCGGCUUCGAUAGACCAAAGCUUUGCUGACUCCAUCACUUCACACAGGCGGAUUGCGAAGUUCUUUAACAGAGCCUGA